AUGUCUACCAGCACCACCACCAUUAUCACACUUCCUCACCUCCUUAAACCCCACCCGUACACUGACGAGCUCGUGACACUGCGUCACGUCGCUCAAGUCAACUGGGUUUGCCAGGAGCUCAAAACACUGUUCAGGCAACGGAACAGAAUCAGCAACAGCAACACUGACUUUCCGAAGCCGAGUGUUCUGAAGAGGAGGACCAACAACAGUGACAGUGAUAGUGCUCACAGUGAGGAAGAGGGAGAGGGGGUGGCGGAGGCGGAGGCGACAACACCAGUAUACAAUGGGUAUGUGUACAGCACUGUGGAUUAUUUCGGGAUACCGAGGGAUAUCCCGCGUUUGUACGACCCGGAAGAGUUGAAAAUCCAGGAUGAAUGCACUUAUUAG